AUUCACUUUCAGUGUCAGUGGUGACAGAAUUUCAUGUGGAAGUUCAAGGGUCUGUCUCUAUACGUUUGCUCCACUCUGGGGAAGUAACUAAGUUCAAAGAUAGUUUGCUUGCUCAAUUUUGUGAUAAUUAUUGGGAAACAUUGUAGUGAAUGCAAUGAUUUUAUUUAUCCUGAGAUGAUACAAUAACGUUAACAUCAGUUUUAAUAGCGCUGGUCAGAACACCGGUUAAAAUACAUGAAUUUCCCAAGAAUAGUAAAUUUUUUCGUAGCUUAUGCAUAGUUAUGGUUACUCGUGUAAGAUUUACCGAUUGAAAUUCGAAGCGGUUUUAGUGCGAGUUUCUUUGUAAAUCAUUUUUUUAUUUAAAAUUAUUAUAUUCCUUAGGUGCAAGUAUAUUUCUCAGGACACUGAUGACUGAAAUGAGUGCAACACAUGCCUGAAGAACAUUAGCAGUUUUUCCUUGCAAGAGGUAGAAAUUCAGAAAAAAUUAAAGAUUCAGAUCAACGUUUAAUAUAUUUUACGUUUUUGCGCUAUAAACGACCAUAAGAUGAGCCAAAUAUACGAUGAAAUGAUUGACAUUGCCUAUCAAAAAAAUGACAAGAAUGAAAGAAGUCUAUACUUUAGAAUUAUGAGGGGAAUUCAGUUCGCAGUUUUAGCAUUAGCAAUUUUAUUUCUAUUUGCUUGGUGUGGUGGUUUUAUUGUUGAACAAUUGCCACAAACAAAUUUUAGCCUUUUCAGAUUCGCUGAGAGAGUUGCACCGAAGGAGUGUUGUGGUAUUGAGAACGAUGGAGCAUUUGAGAACACUGUCAAUGGAAUGUUACCUGAACAUGUCAUUCCACAUCAUUAUAAUCUGACAUUACGUUUGUUCAUGCCACCAGACUAUAAUUUUACAACAGAUGGAAAAGUUGAAAUACUUAUUGAAUGCAUAAAACGAACCAAGAUGAUUGUUUUACACGCUCGUGAUCUCAGUGUGCUCUCAGCAAGUAUUAUCCCAUUAGAAGAGUUGAAGGAGAAUUCAUCAUACGGCACUAAUAUUUCUGUAGAUGCUGAAAAACAAUUGGUUGCCAUUCGCUUAAACCAAGCACUUAAGGAGAAAGCCUUCUACAUACUGGAAAUAGAUUUCAAUGGUCUCAUUAAUAAUCUUUCUGUUGGUCUUUAUCGCAGUAGUUACAUAGGUGAUAAUGGCAAUGUAAGCUGGAUAGCGUCAUCCCAAUUUCAACCAAGCGAUGCGAGGAGAGUCUUCCCAUGUUUUGAUGAGCCUGGUCUAAAAGCCACAUUUCAACUUAGUAUUAUUCGAAAAGAAGGACUGAUAUCACUAUCCAAUAUGCCUGAAGCACAUGUAGAGCCUUUGCCAGAUGGAUGGGAAAUGGUAACUUUCCAGAAAACCCCACCAAUGUCGACGUACUUGCUGGCUUUUGUUGUUGGGGAAUUGAAGCCCUUCUCUGAUGCUAGAAAGGAAGGCGUCCAAGUAUGGAGCCGUACAGAUAUGGCUGAUUACGGUGGACUUGCUCUAUCCGUAACGCCAGAUAUUUUAAAAUUCUUCGGAGAUUACCUAGAAGUUCCUUAUACUAUGCCUAAAACAGAUUUAGUGGCUGUGCCAAGUUUCUUGCAUGCAGCAAUGGAAAAUUGGGGUCUUAUUACAUUUGAUGAAUCCGCUUUGCUUUACGAUCCUGAAAGAUCUUCAACGGAAAGGAAAGUUUCCAUAAUGUUGGUAAUAGCGCACGAACUUGCCCAUCAGUGGUUCGGAAAUCUCGUCACUCCAGCUUGGUGGGAUAAUCUGUGGCUUAAUGAGGGAUUUGCUACUUAUUACAUGUACCAAGGCAUCGAACACAUGGAACCAGAUUGGAAUAUUAGCCAUACGUUCAUUGGAUCUGUGUAUGAAGUGAUGGAAACUGAUAGCUUACUAUCUAGCAGAGCCAUGGGAGCACCAGUUCAUCCAUACGAAGUUUUAGAAUUUUUUGAUGAAAUUUCUUAUUUAAAGGGUGCCGCAAUUGUAAGAAUGCUUGAACAUUUUAUAAAAGAAGAAAACUUUCGAAAAGGCUUAAAGAAUUAUCUUUGGAAAUAUUCCUACAAGAGCGCUACUGAAAACGAAUUAUGGCAGAACCUAAACUUAUGGAACAGGAAUUUGCUUGGAGUAAAAGAUGUCAUGUCAACGUGGACAUCUAAAUCUGGUUAUCCUGUCGUGUCAUUCAAUAGAAAUUAUACCAACGGAUCAGCUGUUGUCAGUCAGCAAAUUUUCAAUUUGGAUUCCGAAGAAAUUUUUGAGGUCUUCAAUGAUAACACAUUAUGGACUAUCCCCAUAACGUAUACUCAUGGUAAAGAGAAAGACUGGAGCACUCAACCGGACACGUGGCUGACUGAGAAAUCAAUGACCGUAGAAGAUCUGCCUGAUCUAGACACUUGGGUGAUUGCUAAUGUGCAACAAGUUGGAUAUUACAGAGUUAACUAUGAUAGAAGAAAUUGGGAUCUAAUACUUUUGCAGCUGUUAGAUAACUACGAGGAAAUUCAUGUUAUUAACAGAGCUCAAAUUGUAACUGAUAUCCUGAAUUUAGCAAGAGCUGAUAAAGUUGAGUAUCCGUUAGCUCUGAAUAUGACGAAAUAUCUUUAUCUGGAGAAGGAGUUUCUACCUUGGCAAGCCGCAUUUUCAGCCUUCAGAUAUAUUGAUCUCAUGCUGGGAAAAACUGAGGCUCAUGAACAAUGGAAAGUGUAUGUUUUGACCCUUAUGACGCCUUUGUAUAAGAGCUUAGGAUGGACUAAAGACGAUGUAGAUGAAACUCUUCUGGAUAAGUUUCUGCGAAAAAAUAUUUUGAAGUGGAGCUGCAGCUAUGGUAAUGAAGAUUGCGUCGAAAGAGUUCAAGCCUUAUUCUCUGAAUGGAUCAAAGAGCCGCCAGGAAAUGUUACGAUCCAUCCUGAUGAUAGAGAAGUUGUUUUGUGUACUGGAAUCGCCAGAGGUAAAACUCAAGAUUGGCAGGUGAUGUGGGAGCGAUAUUUGAAAGAGAACUUUAAAGGAGAGAAGAAUGUUUUAUUGAAAGCCUUAGCUUGUUCAAGAGAAACUAGAUUACUGAGAAGGUUAUUGAAAUCGGCAAUGAAUACUUCUUCGGGUAUACCACCAGAGGACAGUAGUGAAGUCUUCGUUUACGUGGCAGAAAAUUUCGAUGGCAGAGAUAUAGUAUACGAUUUCUUCAAGAAUAAUGCUGAAGAGAUUGCAUUUAGGUUUGGUUCUUAUGCUUUCGCCGGAGCGAACAUCAUUGAUUAUGUGACUGCUCCUCUGAAUUCCGAAAACGAGAUUGAAGAAUUGGAAAGCUUCCUGAAGAGGAGAAAAACGUCAUUUGCUAAUAUUCGCAAAAUUUUGAAAUUAGUUCUGGACAGAUCAAAGAGCAAUUUGGAAUGGAUGAAAAAGGAGUAUCCAGAAGUCUCCAGAUGGUUGCGAGAGAAUUCCUUUUAAUAAGCUCUUUGCAUAUUUGUUAAAAGAUCAUUAUAUCGUCCCUGGUACAGUGUGCCAAAAUUAGAUUUUUUUUAAACUUUACACUAUUAGGAUUUGUAUUUAUUUCGGUAGGAAAAUUUGUUUUGCUCUUCGUCUUAUGAAGGGAUUGGUGUUUCACAGAAUAAAACCUGUUUCAUUAAUGAAAACUAUUGCUCAAACACAUUUGAAUGUUGUUGCAAAUUUAUACGAGUCUUUAAAUGUCUUUUGUAACUCAUUUAGCGUGCAAUUCGUAUAUUCUGACGUGUUAUCAGUAUUAUACAUUUUUGAUAAAAUGAUGUAAACUUGAAUGUUUUUUGUUUGUGAAACUGUUGCUCAUCAAUGUAUAAUAAAAUCCACUUGUUAGAGAAUUUGG